AAUCUACGUCACGAUGAUGCAAACGUGUGCAGUGAGAAGCCAACAGAGACACUGUACAAACGAUGGAUACGGUCAAGCCAUCCGUCCCAUCCACGUUGGCGUAACAACCAGUUUCCCGCAUAGUCGCAAAUCAACGGUGCUAACUCGGUCGAGAUGGCGUCGGUAUUUUUGUCAUACCGUUCGUGCAAGUUGACACAUACGUCCGCGGCGAAAGACAUUGCGAUAACGAGUCGACCCCAGUUUAAUCGUUCCUCUUGCAGUACUUUUUCGAGCACCGUUUUCAGCCCAUCCCUCGCGUUGGGUACGUUAUCCACGAAAUUGUCUAUAAUCUUUUCAUAUUCCUCGUCCGCCGAGAUCGUAUCCACCCAUUGUAUUACUUUUACGUACUCCACCGAACUGGGAAGUCGCCGAUGUUGGGGAAACAAGCCUGGGGCUUUGUGAUAUAGUAACUGGCGAAAGACGUCUGUUGUUUGUGCUUUCAGCGCAUCCAUUAGAGACUGAUCUCAGCAGAUUCAACCGAUUGAUUGACUUAGAGACUUAGAACCAGACCAAAUAAGGGCAUGUCUUUCACGAUUAGAGAGGGGAGGUUCAUUUGGGGUGGGGUGGGGUUGUCAUAGUUACCUUACUCCGCCUGAAUAUAUGAUAUCUAACCCCUGACCUGCCCCGCCUGAAUACAUAAUAUCUGACCUCUGACCUGCGCCUGAAUAAAUCAUAUCUGACCUCUGACCUGCUGCGCCUGAAUAAAUCAUAUCUGACCUCUGACCUGCUCCGCCGAAUACAUCAUAUUUGACCUCUGACCUGCUCCUUCUUGCUCCUGAAUAAUCAUCGCAGCGUGUCCCUACUAUACUACUCCGGUCCCUGUGGAAGACACAGUUCCAAGAGGAGACGGUGCCUGUCCAUUGGAUGAAGACACUGUUGAAGACGCUGUUUGAACAAAUGGGCCAUUUUGGGGAUGUGGUCACACAAUUUAAUAUAGAUUAAUCACAAUGCCACCGUAUGGUCAUAUUAGUUGAUAACAAUCUGUAUAUAUAAACAUUCUUAAUGUUAAGUAUAUCAUUUUCCUAUAGUAUGACAUAUCCUAGUAUCUAUUGUAUCUAGGGUACUACUGUAAUAGUAUAGUUGUUAUGUUUAAUUCAAGAGAUCAUUUUCGCUCUUGUUUCGAUUUGACUCCUUGAGGUGCCGUGCCACACAAGAUAUCAGGUUAUGAUCGAUUUUUGUACAUUGGCGAUGUUAUCUAUCUUUGUUCAAUCCAACAUAGAAUAGCACAAUAUGUUUGUUUCAAUUUGAUGUUUCUUGAUGAUUUUAAGCAACGUGUAUCUAAACUGUUAAAUCUGUUUUAUGUUUAUCAGUUCAAUAGAUGCAUAUACAUAUACAUGCAUAAAUGGAAUAUUUCCUUUGUCAUUUAAUCAAGUGCUUACUUUGGUCAUACAAUGUCCAUUUAUAUAUGUGUUUGAAGUGGUAGGAAUUUGUACUAAUAUUACAAUGGUGUAUUGCCCGGGCUGUAUAUUGUAUCUCGCAAUUACACCAUAUGGCCGUAUGUUUGUGACAUAUGUUAUCCAGCGUUUCUCUGAAUCUCAUUAUUCUGUAUUUGUACAUUAUAAACAGACUGGCAAUCUCUUUUGCGCUCGAAGGUGCUCGGAAAGGUCCACGACGUACCCAAAAGAGGCGGUAAUGUAUAGAAGAUCUUAAGGGAUGAAAAUAAGGCAUGGAUGCACUAUGAGAACUAGAGUUAUAACAAGACAGACACAUAUACAUGUAAAGGACGAAAAUAAAUUCAUCCAAGAAAGCACAAAAUACAUGACUAAUACACACGCACAUGUACAACUGUACACCCUAAAAGAGUCCGUUUUUUUAAAUAAUUGGGCUCCAAUUCUUAAAGUUUACGUCAAAUAUAGACUCCCUUGAAUAUCGCCGAAAAUACUACAAUGGCGUUUCAAUGGGGGCUUUCGUACGUUGAAAGGUCAGUCACGUGAUCACGGUUACAUUCAAAGUGCACAGAGUUACAUUCGUCACAAAGUACCCAAGGUCGCUGUGGUGUACGUGCUAUAGCUGCAUGGACACUGCUUGAAAAUUUAGAAUCACAUGAAGUAGCAGACCUAGAGUAUACCAAAGGAUGUCCCGUAUUCUGCAGAUCGUAGGCAGAAGGGCAGCCUUCACACAGGCAGGGCUCCAAAAUGUGCCAGUCUGGAGGCCGUUAGGGGGACGAAAUGGCCGGGGGGCCGCCAGCUCAGCGGCUGCCACUGAACAAACCACCGUCCAGGACGGGGCUGCCCGACCGUUUGACGAGAUUCCCGGACCGAGAGGGCUUCCCUUCAUCGGCACCGCGUUGGACUACAGUCCGUUUGGGCGUUUUCCUAUACACACAAAAAUGGCCAACUCAACAAUUGAAAGGUACCAGACGUACGGAAAGAUCUACCGGGAAAAGAUCGGCCUAAGAGACAUGGUGUUCGUGUGUGACCCGAAGGACAUCGAGACGGUUUUCAGGAGUGACGGUCGGCUUCCAGAGAGACCUAUCCCAGAGUCCAUCGCAACAUACCGCCGACUCAAAAAUAAACCGCUAGGCGUCGCGCUGCUAAAUGGAGAAGAGUGGUUCCGCCUCCGAAGGUCUGUUAAUAAGGACAUGAUGCGCCCAAAGGCGGUAGGUGCGUACGCCACAAUGCAGGAUGAGGUGUCCCGGGAGCUGGUCGGGCUGAUACAAGGGGUGGUACGGAAGGGCAAGACCGCUGGACAGGUCCCCGACUUUACCAAGCUCCUGUAUAAAUGGGGCCUAGAAUCCUUGAGUCUCGUUGUUCUGGGAAAACGCCUUGGCUGUUUGACCCUGGAUCAACUCCCUGAAGAUUCUGACGCGCAGCGUAUGAUCGGGGCGGUCAACGACUUCUUUUACAGUUUCGCCAAGCUUCAAAUGUCGUUUCCCUUGUUCAGAUACAUCAGAACUCCUGGAUGGACGACUUUUGAGAGAGCCAUGGACACAGUCAGUAGCAUUACGGAGAAGAUGAUCGGCGAAAGGCUAGAGAAACUCCGCCAAAUGGAAGAGCCUCCAGAUGAGGCGGAUUUUCUGACGAGCCUGCUGUCUCGGGAGGACAUGAACUUGGACGAGGCCAUCCAAAUGUCGGUGGAUUUAUUGCAAGGUGCAAUUGACACGACGGCACACACUCUGGUCUUCAAUCUGUACUGCCUGGCGAAAAAUCCCGAUGCUCAGCAAAAACUGUACGAGGAGAUCUUGGAGGUUGUUCCACCAGAGCAGCCCAUAGACGACAGGGUGUUGAACAAGAUGCACUAUCUUCGUGCUGUGGUGAAGGAGACAUUCAGGAUGUAUCCGACCCUCUUGAGCACCGCACGGACCCUAACCCGUGACGUAGUGCUGUCGGGAUAUCACGUGCCUGCUAAGACCAAUGUUAUGCUGGCUCAGAAUGUCAUCAGCACACUGCCGGAGUAUUAUCCGGAACCGGAAUCAUACAUACCGGAGAGAUGGCUCCGGACUGAGUCAUCAAACGUCCAGUCAUUCUCCCUUCUGCCUUUUGGAUAUGGACCAAGGAUGUGCAUUGGUCGCCGUUUUGCGGAACAGGAGUUGUACCUUGGUUUGGUCAGGAUCAUCCAAAACUUCCAUGUUGGUUGGGACGGAGAAGACAUGAAGCAAGUGUGGAGGAUUUUCAAUGCACCGGACAGGGACACGUUCGUCUUCAGCGAGAGGAAAAGUUAGGGAUCGUUAGAGGGGCAAAGGAUGACGUGUAAUGGUUCAGGGAUAAUGUCAUUAACACAUAUCUCACGAUUGGUCAAAAUGUGACUUGUGACGUUUCAGGAAUGACGCCAUUAACACAUGUGAUACGCCAAAAUGUGACGUGUAAAGGUUCAGAAAUGAUGUCACUAACACAUAUAUCGAUAUGGUCAAAAUGUGACGUGUGAAGGUGACAUGUAACUCUUAAUGACGUACCCGGUACUCUAUCGCACACAAUAGCAUAUACUGUGAUGUGUAACGUAUGUGUAAUUUAUCAUCUUCGCAGAGGACUAUUCUGAAAUUUCUUAUUUGAAAUGUAAAGGAUACAACUGGUUAAAAAUGCACCUUGUAAUAUAUAUCCGUAUUAAUCUAAUUAUAAGGGAGUGUUGGAAUCUUUAAAGCUUGUGGGCCAAAGACCCAUAAUGUAGUGUUUUGAAUCGAUCCAUAAUUACAACUAAAAUCGAAUAAGACACAGCGAAACUCAGAUGCCCUUAAAUGGGUAUGUGUAUUUUCGAAGCACCGGUAUGGGUACUUUGAAACCAUAAUCUUCUAGUGCCAUAUCAUAGAUGACAAGUUGUUUGCUAUGUCGACCAUUCUUAAAAGGUGCCUUUUUAUACCAUAUACUGCUAUAAUUCAUGCUUUAUUCCCGAUAUUACCUAUGUACAUCUGUUACAAUUAUUAUUUGGUUCAAUGAAAUUAUUACUACAUG